GUCACAGUUAGUACAAAAUCAGUAACAUUAAUUUUAUAGAUGUAGCAGAAUUUUCGUGAUCAUCUCUUAAAGUGCUUUAAAGCUUCUAUUGAUUUAUUUGAUGAGGCCUUUUCAUGUUCCCAUAGUGAUUGAUCCUGUCACAGUUAGUACAAAAUCAGUAACAUUAAUUUUAUAGAUGUAGCAGAAUUUUCGUGAUCAUCUCUUAAAGUGCUUUAAACAAAGAGUGCCCAGGUGUAUAUUUCAAAAAGGAGAACAUUUUAAAGAAUAAAAUGAAUAAAAAUGUUGAGUCAAUUAUUUCUGCUUCCUAGCAAUUAGGACUGUCCACCUCAAUAAACAUUACUUAUUCAUAUAAUAUUUAUGUAUAUUUAAAAGAAAUCUAUAAUAUAUUUAGAACAGUUGCCCAGUGUUAACUGCUACAAACCACUAGCUAACCCCUUUAUUAAACAGUCUGUCUAGGGGAAGCAAAGGUCAGUUAACUUGGGUCCCUAGCGUAAUGACGGUGUUGCUGUUAGCCAAUGUGGAAGUGUGGUGUAUGAGGCUAAUGUGUGUGAAUGAGAACUGGGGGAGGUUCACUCUUCUUACCUGGUCCAGCCCAAACAUACAAAGAUAAUGUUCAAAGAGGUAGGCAACAAACACAAAAAGGUGCAUCAAUGUCCACUGUGCUAGGAGAGGAAUUCCAGAUCUUCCACCAUCUUCAAUACAUCCAGGCCUCACUGAUGGCGUCAGAUUAAUGUCAAAAGUCGAGGGCGCAAAAAUACAAGUAGGGGGCGCAAAAAUACCAGGUGAAAAAAAAUAACCUGCUUGUUUUAACGUUUAGCGUGUAUAAAUUUCCUUCUCGCAAGCGCAAAUGGGAAACUCAUGAGCAAAAAAAAGGGAAUGGUGUGCGCGCUGAAGAAAAAGUUGCUCUCGAGCUUAAUUUUUCUCCUCUCGGGGGCUUUUUUUCCUCGCGCGCUGUGUGAAUUACCUGCAGCAGCAAUUUCUGCUCGACUGAGUUUUUUGCGCUCGAGUUUUGAAAGGGGUGUUUUUGGCAGUUUGGGGGGGGAGUCAGGGUCGCCUCCCUCAGCGAACGCUAUUGGCCGAUAUCUCCACAGUUUGUGACGGACCGCCUACUACCAGCAGUCUCCUUCAGAGAGCAACGAUGGAGGGCGAGGAGGAGCGACAGCAGAUACAGUUACAGGAUGCAGCUAGGCACAUUGUGGGGAUGCUGAGGAAGGCAUUGAAAUCUCCUUCUCAAAAUGAUGGAGCUCCAGUUCAGAGAGGCCAGACGUCAGGGACCCCAGGGUCAAAGCGACAGAUGGUCUCAAGACCUGUCCAGCCAACCGUGUCUACUGCUUCACGCAGCAAACUGGAUGAGAAUAUGGCCAGAUAAUUUCCUGGACUCUUUAAAAAAAACUGUUCAAGACCUCGGAAACGGGCAGUGAAGUCAAAACAUGUUCAGUUUUUUCUUUUGGACAAAGUAACUGACCGUACCCCCAAGACAGGUGAGGAGAUGGUACUUCUCCAAGCUGGACUAGGCCGUAGGACAGUUGACAUUCCAGAGGAUGCCGAUCACUCCGAGAUUUCAGCACUCCUUCUAGAAUCCUUUCCAAAAAUGGCUACCUUGGAUGGGGCUUGGUUGCUGUAUAAAGCAGCUGGGGGCUCAGGGCAGCGGAGGCUAAAUGUUGUAUCACCUGAGGCAGAGGGCUAUUCUGGAGCCCACUUAACAACUGGUUAUACUGGAAAGAGCUGCUAUUAUAUAAUGCCAAUCCAGGAGAGCCUGGAUACAAGCCCCUUGCCCUUUUCGGCCAAAGAGUUUUCCAAAAUGCCUAAGGCAAAAUGCAUCAACUGCCAGAUCCAUGUACCUGUACAGCUGCUGUCACUUCACAUUCAAGAUUGCCAGAAAACUGACACUGACUCAGAUUGUGAAAUUACUGAUGAUCCUUCUGAGAUUUGCCCUAUAUGUGAGGUUCCAUAUCCUGUUACAGACCUGCCGCUACAUGCAAGCUUUUGUGGUGAAAGCAGUCAUCUUCAUUUUAGGGACACUCUACCCAGCACAUCCUCUGCAGCUUCAGCAGUUCAGUCAACGCUAUCAACUGCUUACCCAUUAGUACCUGCGAUUAAAGAAUGGAAAUCACUGCAAGAUCCACAAGAGGCUGUACAGCUCUUCCUGGAGCAACUUAAACAAGAGGGGGCAAGUCAACCAUCACUCCUUCUGUCCCUGGAUGCAACAGAUGAUGACGAACAAAGGGAUUGUUCUCUCAUCAAAUUUUACAAAAGUGACUAUGAAAAAAGCCAAUGGAAAGCUCCUUUCCGCUGCAGCAUUAAAGGGGAUGCUGCAAUUGGAGCAGGUGUGACAAGACAUGUGCUAUCUUCAGCCAUUGCCAGGUUAAAGCAUGGUUUUAAACUAAACCUUGAUUUUGAUCUAGGCAAUGCAGCGGAGACUCUGUUGUUUGAGGGAGAACCUGACCACCUGGUUCCUGCUGCAUCUACAGUGCUUCUGGAGAGUGAUCUUUUCCGUAUGGCAGGUAGAAUCCUUGGUCACUCUGUGAUCAAUGGUGGUCCUACACUGUCUGGGUUGAGUCGGGCAGUGGUCAGUGCCUUAACAAAUUGCCAAAAGGAAAUGACAAAAUCAAAACUCUGCCUAGAAGACUGCCCCGAUACAGAGCAAAGGGACACUAUUGGUCUUCUGCUAAAAGAAGAGUGGACUGAGGAAGAAUUGUCAAGAAUAAACAAUCUCUGCUUGGAUUGGUACUGCACAGUGCCUACAAAAGACACAAACAAGCUUCUGAUAUUCCAGCAGCUCCUCUCCCAUGCUGUUCUUGGCAGAGUAACUGCACAGAUUAAGCAGCUCCAAAAAGGGAUAAAAGACACAGGCAUUUGGCCAUUAAUCGAACACAGACCUGAAGUCGUACCGCUGCUGUUUCCUACAGAAACAGAAGUUCAGUUAACACCACAGCAAGUCCUGCAGUCCAUUAUAUGGCCCCGUGCAAGAUCCAAUCACGAUGAUAGUGAUGACGACAUGCCUGAAGAGACAAUUGCUCUUCUCUCUGCAUUUUUCAGAAGAUAUGUUGAAGAGGCUUCCUCUGACAGAUUAAAGAUGCUACUAAAGUUCUGGGUCGGCUGGGAGGUGCCACCUCAGCGCCUAAAGCUGGAAUUUGUUCAAUCCAGAGGACCAAACACCUUCCAACUGCUGCGACAUGUUCAGAACAUCUGCGGUUGCCAAAUCACUACAAGAAAUUUGAGGAGCUCAAGGCUGAUCUUAUGGUCUGUCUCGUGUCUGUGGAUACUGGCUUUGGCCUUGUCUAAACAGAACCAUGUUGCAGAGGCGCCCAGUUCGCCAGAGGAGCCCAGUUCGCCAGAGGAGCCCAGUUCGCCAGAGGAGCCCAGUUCGCCAGAGGAGCCCAGUUCUUUUUUUUUUUCCGUAGUACAACAUCACCAAUGUUUGAUCAAUCCAAAGCUGUCUUUAUUUUUUUAAUUCAGCAAAUAGUACAAAUAUAUUAAUACACACAACAUAAUUUGAAAAAUCCAAAGCUCUUAAAAUUAAAGCGCUGCCACUAUGAGCGGGAGAUCGCAGGUUCGAACCCCCGCUCAUGCAGCUUUGCCAUCAAGCUGCUAGUGCUCAGAGGGAGCAAAAUUGGCCCUACUCACCCUGUGCCAAAAUGUAUUCACGACAUGUUAAAUACAAGUCCCUUGCCGGCAGGUCUGGGUCACUCUGUUCAAUGAGGCUCUGAACCACCUGUAUUUGUCCUUCAUUUAAAUGCGACUCAAUUUGAGGAACCACAAUCUCUCCAUCAAUCUCGCCAUCGUGGUUUGUGGCAAUGUCCCAGUCAAUGUCAGGCUCCUCUAGAUCCUAGCACAGAAAACAGAACAGAGUACUAAGUAUUGUAAUAAAGCCAAUUUGUCAUUGGACUACUCUGAACAUAUACACUACAUUUGUGACUAAAUUAUCAUAUAGUAUAACAUUUGAGUGAUAAUCUUUAAUAAAUGCCAAAUGUAAAACAUUCAAAA